AUGUUCUCACACGGUUCAGAAGCUCAGCCACUGCAGACACACGUUUGUCAGCUAAACCAGUCACCAUGGGAUGUGAUUUCUUUCUCUGAAGAAACUUAUUAUCCAUCUUCUUCACUCUACCAGUUCGAAGGAGAAGAUAGCUUUAAUGGCAAUGGUAGCUUAGGUGAUUCUAUUGGUGCUGUUGAGAGUGUCGCGUCGAUGAUGAUCGAAGAUUCAGAAGAGAAAGGAAUGAUGAAAAUGAAUGUGGAUAAUAUGGUUAUUAUUGACGAUAAGUAUGAAAAUGAUGGUAACAAGAGAUCAGAAAUGUUCGACGAUUACGAAGAAAUGAAAAUAGAUAGCGAAUUCAAAGUGAAGAAAUGCAACAAGACUGAUGGGAAAGGCUGGCAUUCCAAGAACGAGACUAAAGAUGGGCAAAUUAUGGACGACCAUCAUCAUCAUUUGACAUCUCUCAAAUCAUCAUAUGGCACCGGCAACAACAACAUUAAUGGUACUACUGCUACAAAAAAACCCGAUAAAUGCACUUCUAUCAUUGGGGCACGCCGUGGUCGGGCAAAGUCUUUUAAAAAAGGGUCAUCAUCGAACUCAAAUCCGUAUGAAUUUUACUAUUAUUCUGGGUUUGGGCCGUUGUGGGGCAAGAGAAGAGGGGAUAGAGAUGGAGUUAACAAGAAUGAGGGCAAAGAUGUUGAUAAUAGUACUGUUAUUGAUUCCAUGACUCAAAAUACGACACCAUCUACAAGUUAUUCACCGAUUGAAAAUAAUCAAGAGUUUGAUUAUGUUGAAGAGGAUGACGACGAGGAAGAGGAAGAUAGUGGUAAGAAACGGAUGCGGAAACCAGUGAAAGCGAGGUCUCUGAAGUCUCUUAUGUGA